AUGCUGACCUCGUCCGGUUUUGACCGUCCCAGAUCCUACUUGCUCAUCUUCAUCGCCCAUGUCAUCAGCAUCGUCAUGGUGGCCCGCCAGAGGCAGGGUUCGGUGCGCCGCCCGCGGGAAUACGACGCCGUCCCCUACCUUCAUGCCGUCGCCUCGCUGUUCUAUGUCUUUAGCGAGAUCGGCAUCUUCCUCGCCCUGUUCCACCUCGGCCACGCCUUGACUCAGCUCCGUACCGGCGCCGUGGCGGACGAGUCCAAGGCCUACCGCAACGGCCGGAAGGCCGUCUUCGGCGUGUCCGUCCUCAUCGCCCUUCUGGGCCUCGCAGUCUUUGCUGUUAUGAUGGUCUUCAAUGUCAUGAACAGCGGAUUGGGGCACAGGAGCACAUAUUCCGAUUGGGACAAGGUCCUGAAGUGGAACCAAGUCGGUUCAUACAUUUACCUUGCCAAGGCCAUUAUCUGGGCUAUUGCCUCCUUCGGCAUCGUCUGUUGUGUCUUCAAGGCCCGGAAGGAGGCCAAGAAUAGCCCGGUGCACAAGGCCGGCUCUCUCUUGGGCUUCGCUGCAUUCAUCUGGCUCACAUCUUUUACCUGGGCCCUGGUAGACACUAUCGUCAGGAAUUUUGCUUCGUACGGCAUGUCCAUGCCGUACAUUGACAUCUUCGACGUUCUGAUCUACACCUGGGCCGUCUUCAUCGUCUUGGCGUUGCUCUACACUUUGGCUGCCAAGGACGCGUACGGCCUAUCGAGAACCCACUACGAGGUGACCAAGAACGAGCGGGCCGCAUAG